GUUUACAUUUUCCAGUCUUAACAUCCGGUUGACAUUCUAUCUUCUUGUUUUUUUGUUUGUUGUUUUAGCGACAAAAUACAGAAUCAUAGUCACAGAAGGAACAUCGCUAACGAGACUCGUGGCGGCGCUAUGAGAUUAUUACAUCCCAACCUGAACCCCCAGCAGGACGGCUGGAGUUGGUUGUGGGAAAGUUCAGAGCUGGAUUUCAGGCGUCCAGGCGGGGCUACUGCCUCAGUGACUCUACAAGAUAGGGGCCUCUACAAGAGAGAUACAAAAAAUAUCCGAAUUUCGACGAUGAUAUUUUAUAAAUGUGUCAACAGUUGGUGGGCAAGACUGUCGUGUGUUUCGGCCAUUUUACUUUUCUAUUUGCUCUGGACCAUUAUUCCCAGGAACCAAAGUUCAAAGGUUAUUCCAGGAUGUCCAGAUGUGGAUGGCUUGUUCGUGGAUGCCUGUGAUCUCACCAUUCUCAGAGAAGACUUUUUGAGAAUGAACCUGAAACGUGGAUGGGUGGAGUACCCUGGUGGAUCAGUCUGCCACAGAGGCACUGAUGGAAUGUAUGUCAAAUGCCUCUAUGGAAAAUGGAUAGAGUUCUUAGUGAAAGUCUCCGAAUCUAACCAAUCAGGGCCAGGCGUAUAAUGAAUAACCGUCAAGAAAUAGGAACUGAGUGAAGACUAAAUCAGCGUCUUGCGAUCCAGUGCAAUAUAUAAAGCUCCAUGAUUUCAAUAAUGAAAUAUUUAUAUUUCGGCCACAUUCUGACCAAAGUGUCAAGGGUGGACUUGCCAGCACCUUCUUGGUCCCUGAGUUGAAGAAGCUACUUACCAUAGAAAAUACGGUUAUAAUCUGUUAAGAAUGAUGGAUGAAAUAAUAUAUAUAUUAUAAUUGCAAUGUAUAAAGUACUACUCUAUUACAUAUAUUGAAGUAAUGGAAAGAAUAUUGAUAUAGACAGCACAUUGUUUUACAAUGACAUUUUUAUAUAUAAAAACUGUUCAUAAUCUUUUCCUCGGAAAGUCAUUUUGUAGAACUCAACAUUAAAACAAGUAACAUAGAAAAAAAAGUUU